CACGGUCCGGAUUUGUGGUGGUAAACGCGGAAAGUGACGACUUCCGUUAACUUGCUAAGAUGUCUGCCCACGUAUGUAAACAUGCGAGUGUAUCUGGCAGCUAGUUGCGUUCAAGUUAAACGGUUCCGUGGCAUGUAUUCAUCCCACUGACUAGUGUAAUUACGGAUAUUUUAAUAUUAACUUCCAAUGCUGGAUUGUUAACACAGUAAACUUCGGUUUGUGAGUUAUUACCGGGCCAGAAAGACUUAACAGUAUCGUGCUAACGUUAGCUGGGCAGCAGGGAGCCAUGCCUGCUCAGACCAUAUUCGUUCGUUCUCUACCAGAUUCAGCUUCAAAUCAGCGUCUUGAGGAAAUAUUCUCUGAAAUCGGUCCGAUAAAGCAGUGCUUCGUGGUCAGAGAGAAAGGCACAGAAAAAUGUCGGGGAUUUGGCUAUGUCACAUACUCCAUGGAGGAAGAUGCACAGCGAGCCUUGAAAGAAGUGAAAGAAUACGACGGAAAGAGACUUUCUCUGUCAGUGGCAAAGAAGAAAAUUAAAGACAAAAGGAAAACAGCACCUGAAGACCCAGCUGCAGCAGCAAAGGAGAAUGAACAGAAAUCUAAGGGCUUCAGGAGGAAACAACAGAAAGCAAGACUCAUCAUAAGGAACCUCAGUUUUAAGUGUUCAGAAGAUGAUCUGAAGGAGGUAUUUGCCAAGUUUGGAACGGUUCUUGAAGCCAAAAUUCCCCUGAAACCUGAUGGGAAGAUGCGAGGAUUUGCGUUCGUCAUGUUUAAAAAUGUGUCUCAGGCAGGCAGCGCGCUCAAUAAUAUGAACCUGAAGGAGAUAAAAGGUCGACAGGUAGCAGUUGACUGGGCCGUACCUAAGGAAAAGUUUCUUGCCACACAGCAGUCCUCGAUUGCAGAAAAUAAGAAUACAGAGGAAGCAACUGGAAAACAGUCAGACUCAGAAAGUGACACUGAAGACGAUGAUGAAGAAAAGAAACAAGCAGCACCUGUGAAGCAAAAACCUUUCCACAGAGUCAGUUCGAAACCAGCUGUGCAGCAGGAGGAUGAAUCCCAAUCAGAUGAUGAAGAUGAUAGCAUGGAACAAGACAGCGAGGAGGACGAGGAUGUGUCCCAGGAGGGAGAAACGGAUGAUGAUGAGAGGAGCCUUGAUUCAAAUGAGGAUCAAGGUGAGAGUCAGGAUGAAGAUGAAGAUGAGGAGGAUGAGGAGGAUGAGGAUGACGAAGAAGGGGAAACAGCUCAAAAGAAGAUCCCAAAGAAACUUCUCCCUUCAGAUGUGAAAGAGGGCAGAACAGUUUUCAUCAGGAACCUUUCCUUUGACACAGAGGAAGAGGGUCUUGAGGAAGUUCUUCUACGGUACGGACAGCUUAACUACAUAAAGAUUGUUCUCCACCCAGACACAGAACAUUCAAAAGGUUGUGCUUUUGCUCAGUUUAAGACCAAAGAGGCUGCAGACAAAUGCAUAGCUGCAGCACAAGACGAAGCAGAGAGUGGUGGCAUCCGUGUAGAUGGCAGGAGGCUUUUGGUUGUGGCAGCAGUGAGCAGAGAGGACGCUGCCAAGAUGAAGGUCGAUAAAGUGAAAGUAGAAACGGGCACCAGGAACCUGUACCUGGCCAGAGAGGGAUUAAUCCGUGCUGGAACCAAGGCUGCAGAGGGUGUGCCUGAAGCAGACCUAAUCAAAAGAACCAGAUUUGAAGAAAUAAAGAGGGCCAAGCUUCGGGACAUAAAUGUGUUUGUGUCAAAGACUCGUCUGUGUGUUCAUAACCUGCCCAAGUCGGUGGACAAUAGAAAACUCAGAGCACUCUGCCUUCAAGCCAUAAAGGGAGGCAAGGGAGUCCCGAUCACAGAGUGUCGGGUGAUGUAUGACAAGAAGCCAGAGAAGGGUCAGGUGAUGGGACAGUCGUUAGGUUAUGGCUUUGUCCAGUUCCGGGACCAUGAACAUGCUCUCCGCACACUUCGCUACCUCAACAACAACCCUGAUAUCUUUGGGUCACACAAGAGGCCUAUUGUAGAGUUCUCCCUGGAAGAUUCAAGGAAACUCAAAAUAAAAGAAAUACGACAACAAAAAAACAAGGAAUUUUUCCAAAAUCGUCCUUUGAAGGGAAGAGCAAAACCUCAGUCCCAGGCAGCUGGAGAUGGAAAAGGACCUAGAAAAGAUGGAAGUGAACCACAGUCCUCAUCACAGCUGACAGGAAAGGAGAGGGCUUCUCCUCAAGUCCAGAAAAAGGGCAGGCAUUAUUCCGGCUUCCAGACAAACCCUGAGGUCGAACACGUAGAUUUGGAGAAUGGAAAGAAGCGAAAGAAGGUUCUACCUAUGCCUUCUCAUCGUGGACCUAAGAUCAGAAUGCGUGAUAAAGGAAAGCAGCAAGCCCCACCACCCAAGAAAGCAAGACCUGGAUCCAACAGGAGGGAGCAUCAAAGACGACAGAUGGAAAAGCCCACACAGCCCAGAAACCAGAAGGUUAAAGCAGCGAAGAACCGUUUCAAGAACAGGGACGGGGACCGUUUUGACAGCCUGGUGGAGCAGUACAAGAAGAAACUGAUGGGUAACAGUGGCAAGAACACCACUUUCAAAAGAAACAAGUGGUUUGAUAGUUAAUGCUGUGUGUGUGUGCGUGUGUGUGUGUGUGUGUGUGUGUGUGAGUGAGAGAGAGAGAAAAUGUGCUGGAAUCAACGGUCUUUAAGGCUACUUUAAGGCUCUAUAUUCCAAAUCCUGAGGUUUUAGAAUAAAUACAGUGGUUCUUAUGCAUUUUUUUUUUUUUUGGUCAGAUAUGACAGUAUGUGAUCCCCGUGUGUUAAACUGUACUGUCACUUAACUUCAUUCAUCCGGUUCCAGCAUUUCUUCGAUCUGUGCUCAUGGUUUUUGUUUUUACUAAAACAAACUGACGUAUGUAACGAUAAGGUUUUUCUUUGUGUACAUGUCUUUUCAAGAAAAUAUACCAUAACAAUUGAA